AUGCUUGCUUUUGAUUUAGCUGAUAAUGGUUUUGACGUAUGGAUUGGUAAUUUUCGUGGUAACGUUAAUACAAAAGCUCAUGUGAAUAAGUCAACAGCAGAUCCCACCUUUUGGGAAUUUUGUUUUCACGAAUUGGGUAUAUACGACUUACCAGCAAUGAUAUCAUAUAUUACAAAUGUGAAACAAAGCAAUUUAACAUAUAUYGGUCAUUCUAUGGGAACAACAUCAUUUUAUGUAAUGUCCAGCUUGAGAUCUGAUAUUGCUAGCAAAGUUCAAAUGAUGUUCAGUCUUGCUCCUGUUGCUUACAUGGGCCAUUUAAACA